UGUCAGUGAAGACCUUUGGAAUGCUGGAGGACACCGAUCCCGCCCUGGAUUGGGCGGGCGGAGUCAGGUGCCCCCACUGUAAUUGGACAGCGAAAGUCACGGGUCGUUUAUGGACGCGUCUGAUUGGGUAGAACCCUGCUCUCGAGCUCCGUUGCCGAUGAAAGGAAGAAAGCGAGAGGCACCGCAGAUAGACGCCGUGAGAGCGGAGCGGUCGCCGGGGAAGUGCUGGAGCGAAUGGGCGUCUGACCCCGGGUUGUCAGGGGUGCAGAGACUGGGACUUGCACCGGGGCAACAUAGGGUCUCAGCAAUGAAUGGAAUUUCAAACCCAGCAACACAUCAAGAUUCUGAGUGUGAACAAGGCUUCAGCCAGGCAUCCGGGCAGUUGAGACGCCGGACUAUUCACACCAGGGAGAAACGGUGGAUAUGUGGGGACUGCGGGAAGGGAUUCGUUUACCCGUCCCUGCUGGAAAUUCAUCGCCGCAGUCACACUGGGGACAGGCCGUUCAUCUGCCUCGUGUGUGGGAAAGGAUUCCAUGACCCCUCCAACUUGAGGAACCACCAGCGUGUUCACACCGGGGAGAGGCCAUACAUCUGCCCAGCGUGUGGAAAAGGAUUCUCUCAGUCAACCAGCCUGCGGAACCACAAGCGAGUCCACACCGGGGAGAGGCCGUUUUUCUGCUCUGUGUGCGGGAAGGGAUUCAGCCAGUCCUCGAGCCUGAAGGAUCACAUGCGUGUGCACACUGGGGAGAGGCCGUUCAUCUGCCCGACGUGUGGGAAAGGGUUCUCCCAUUUAUCCACCUUGAGGAAGCACAAUCAAGUUCACUCUGGGGAGAGGCCGUGUGUCUGCUCUGUGUGUGGAGAGGCAUUGACGGAGCCCUGCGCUUCCUGGGUCUCAGCAUUGAAUGGAAUUUCAAACCAAACAAUAUGUCAAGAUUGUUUGUGUGGACGAGUCUUCAGCCAAGCGUCUGGACAGUUGAGACGGCGAAGCAGACACACCACAGAGAAACGGUGGAUAUGUGGGGACUGCGGGAAGGGAUUCGUUUACCCGUCCCUGCUGGAAAUUCAUCACCGCAGUCACACUGGGGACAGGCCGUUCAUCUGCCUCGUGUGUGGGAAAGGAUUCCAUGAUUCCUCCAAUUUAAGGAACCACCAGCGUGUUCACACCGGGGAGAGGCCGUACAUCUGCCCAGCGUGUGGAAAAGGAUUCUCUCAGUCAACCAGCCUGCGGAACCACAAGCGAGUCCACACCGGGGAGAGGCCAUUUUUCUGCUCUGUGUGCGGGAAGGGAUUCAGCCAGUCCUCGAGCCUGAAGAUUCACAAGCGAGUCCACACUGGGGAGAAGCCGUUUGUCUGCUCUGUGUGCGGGAAGGGAUUCAGUCAGUCAUCAACCCUGAAGAUUCACAAGCGAGUCCAUACCAGGGAGAGGCCGUUUUUCUGCUCUGUGUGCGGGAAGGGAUUCAGUGAAUCGUCGAGCCUGAAGGAUCACAUGCGUGUGCACACUGGGGGAGGCAGUUCACCUGCCCAACGUGCAGGAAAGGAUUCUCCCAUUCACCCACCUUGAGGAAGCACAGCUGAGUUCACUCUGGGGAGAGGCUAUUUGUCCGAUCUGUGUGGAGAGGGAUUGACUGAGUUCUGCCUGGUAGAGACAAUCUCAGCACAGUAGCAACAUUUGAAAAACUUGAAACAUCCAGUAGAGUGCAUCGUUGACCCUGAUUUCGGUUAUUACUCGCUAUAUUAUUCAGACACUGCCACAGUCAUCUGGCAUCUACUGAUGGAAUUGACUCUGUAGUUUGCUCUGGUAUUCUCACUCAGCAUCCCUGGUAACUUUGCACAGAUUAUACUUGGCUCUCUUGUACAGUGCGAGGCCAUCGUCCCUGAAAGUGAACCAGUUGGGUUUUAUCCUAUUCUCAAAUGCUGAAUUUUCCAAAUUUCACAACCUGCCUGCCUUUCUCUUUUGCUUUACAUCUCUUCUUCACAAUUAAUUUUGCAGUGCUUCAGCAAUGAAAGGAAACUCAAAGCAAACAACACUCUCAGCACCUUUGGUUCUUUAACCUGAACAUUGAACACCUCCCCUGGAGAUACAUUAUGUAAGACAGAAUUGGGCAUUCAACUCAACUCAUCCACGUUACCUCCCUUCCACAGUCUCAUUUGGCCCAAAUCCCUGUACCUGUUCAACCACUGGAAUUGUACCCACCUCUACCGUUUCAUCUGACAGCUUCUGCCACAUCGGUCCCACCCUCUGGUUACAGAAUGUUGCUCAAGUCCUUUUAAAACUCUCCCCUCUUGUCCCUGAGUUUAUUCUGUCCAGCUGUAGCCUCCCCGACACUAGGGAACGGACUGAUCCUACUCCUAUCACAAACUAAUGCACCUCUGUAUGGUCGCCCCUCAGCUGAUAUCCCAGGAACCACAGGCUAUCCAGCCUCUGCUUAUGCCCUGCAUUCCCACAGCAUCACUAAUAACUGGACAUCUCAUUGCUUUUCAUUUAAAUGCACUGUUUGCCAUUAUGAUCAGACAAUUCCUGUUGAUGUGGCAUCAGUCAGAACCAACACAGAAAGAUCCCACAGAUAGCAUCGAGAUGAUUGGUCAGAGCUUCAGGUUUUGCUGCCGGUGUUGCAGUUGUUGAAAUGUUGGUCCCAGGUCCCUGCGGAUGGAGUUUGUGGGGAGACUGGGGUCUCCUGUGAUGGGACUGGAGCUGGUCGAACUGUUUCUGGAGGGACCUCACCUGGUGAUCUUCUCCCUUGGCUCACUGACACCCCUUUGUAACUGUACCUGAAAUAAAAUGGUGAAACACGUACCAUCCCAAGGUAAGUUUCACUGUCUUUGCAAUAGGAACGAUAAUGGGAGAGAUUCUGCAGAGGAUGGGAAUCUGAACAACACACAGAAUACUAGAGGGUCUCAGCAACUCGGGCAGUGGCCAGUAUAUUAGCAUAGCCGUCAGCAUGACCCCUUACAGCACCAGUGACCUUUAGAUUGGGAUUCAAUUCCUGCCAUUGACUGUUGUUCCUCCCCAUAACUAUGUGGGUUUGCUGUGGUUUCCUCCCACAUUCCAAAGGCAUGUGGGCUGGGAUUGGUAAGUUGUGGGCAUGCUCUGGUAGUACCAGAAACAAGGUGACUCUUCCCUGAGCACAUCCUCAGCCUGUGUUGGUUGUUGACACCAAUAAUGCUUUUUAUUGUACAUUUUGAUGUUCAAGUGUUUUAUCUGAUCUUUUAUCUCAUCUGUGGAGGGGGGAAACAAUCGAUGUUUUGGACAGAGACUCUGCAUCGGUACUGGAAAGGAAGGGAACAGAAGUCUGAAUAAGGUGGAGGGGAAGGAGUUCAAGCAGGCAGGUGAUCUCUGAAGACAGACUCUUCACUGUCCUACAAACUGACUGUCACUUGUAAAUGUAAUUCUCUUCUCUCAGUCCCCCAGUCUUUGUCUUACCUGUUCUCAGGAUAAGAAUUUCCAUUUUGGAAAAUCUUACAUGUUUUUUUUUCAAAGAACAGGGUUUCUCCUCCACCACAAUUGGGUUGUCCUCACCAGCAUCUCCUUCAUUUCCUGCACAUUGGCCCUCACCCCAUCUUCCCAUCACCAUAGCAGAUUUAGUGGAUCCCUUGUCCUGUCCUACCAUCCCAUGUGCCUCUGCAUCCAGCACGUUCUCCUCAACUUAUGCCACCUCCAAUGAGAUCCUGCUACAUCUUUCCUUCCACGCUCUUUUCCAUGUUCUGCAGGAAUCGUGCUCUACUUCACUCCCUUGUCAACUCCCCUCCCUCCCCGACCGAUCUCUUGCCCUUCAAGAGAAUCGAGUGCUGCCCCUGCCUGUUUACCUUCUCCCUCACCACCAUUCAGAGUCACAAGUGGUCUUUCUAGAUGAGGAUGCACUUCAGCUGCAAAUCUGUCAGGGCCAUCGAUUGGACACGGUGUAGCAGCCUCUGCGUCGGUGAGACUCAGUGCAGGCUCCUCUGGGCUUCAGUUCAAAACGCUGUUUGCUUGCGGUUAUUGUUUGCAUGAUUUGCUUUUUCUCUCUUUGCACAUUGGGUGUUUGACAGUCUUUGUUUUAAUGGGUUCUUUGGGGUCUCUUUGCUUUGUGGCUGCCUGUAAGGAGACAAAUGUCAAGGUUGUAUAAUGUAAACUUUGAUAAUAAAUGUACUUUAAACCUU